AUGUCGCCUUCGUCGCUGACAUCUGAGAUCCUUCAAGUUUUUGACAAUCUCGAGCCUUCCCUUAUAUACAGUUCAAUUUGUGCAUCGCCGGUCCAGUCCGCUGCACCACUUUUAUCCCCUACAUCCGAGUGUAUCACCGACCGUUGCCACCACCCGACGAGGUCUCCACCCAAGCUGGAGUGGUUCUGGGCUAGCAAAACGGAUCCUGGCUCUGGGGAGACAGCCAGCAAGAAGAUGUCACAGCCCUCGUCUACUGAGGCCCCAGUGCUGACCCCUCAGUUCUGUUUCGAUGAGAGGCUUCUCCGAGAUUUCCUUCGGCUAUCCCGGUCUACUAUUGAUGACUCAAUUACGCAGAAUUUAAAUGCGCUAGUAACACCCUCGCGCGAGGGGUUCGAUCCAUCCUCUACUGCCAUGCGACAGACCGAUUCAAGAGCUCGAAAAGCGAUUGACCCCUCGGCAUGUCAGGGUUUCAAAGAUAAAGUGCUAUUUCCAUCAUGGCAGGCUCGAUCAGAUGUCCUCAAUUACUGCGCGGGAGUUGCAACCAGCCCCGAUCCCGAUGAUCCGGAUCUGAUACUGCGAGAGACAGAAUCUGCGCGAGAUCGGGAGCGAGUUGUCAAUGAGCGAUUAGAUCCAUACUCGGCCCGUUUCUUCCCUCGAGAAGCCCGGACGGAAUCAUUAGCAAACUUGAUUCGUAACCAGCGUACCGUGGAGGAGAUCAUCCGAGCUCGGACAUGGGGCAUGGUGACUGAGAGGUGCGCCGGGUCUUCUCCUUCAUGGGAGGAUGCCCUGAAUACUUGGAGACACACUCAUCAGCGAUGA